UAUGUGCAGCAGGAAAGGGGAAACAUUAAACUGGAAGAAGAAAAUACCAAUAAAGAUUUACAUAAGAAACAAAAGCUAGGAAUAGUGUAUGAAAUAGACAGCUAUAUUGUGGAGAGGCAAGGAGAGAGAGAGGAUAUGCAAGACGCCCAUCUUAUCAUGCAAGAUUUUACAUCAGAAAUACCUAAUCUACAUUCUUCUAUUUACAGAGUGUCCCUGUAUGGAGUGUUUGACGGACAUGGAGGAGUCAGAGCUUCGAGGUUUGCAUCAGAGAAUUUGCAUAAAAAUCUCCGAGAUAAAUUUCCUAAGGGUGAUAUAACAGUAGUGGAGAAGGAGAUAAGGAAAGCUUUUAUUGAUGCGUUCAAAAAGACAGAUGAGGAUUUCCUGAAACAAGCAACAAAAUCAAAGCCAGUAUGGAAGGAUGGUACCACAGCUAUAUUGGUUCUUCUCAUUAAUGAAACCAUGUAUAUUGCCAAUAUUGGUGACAGCCAGGCAGUGUUAUGUCGUUACAAAGAAGACACUAAGACAUGUGUUCCUGUACCUCUCAGUGUUCCCCACAAUCCCUCACUGUACGACGAGAGAAUGAGAAUACAAAAACAAGGGGGUCAUGUCAAGGAUGGUCGUGUAAUGGGUGUACUGGAAGUAUCUAGGUCAAUAGGGGAUGGUCAGUAUAAAAAACUAGGUGUAACCUGUACACCUGAUGUGAAGAAAUGCACUAUAACUGAUAAUGACAGAUAUGUGAUAAUAGCUUGCGAUGGACUGUGGAAAUGUUUUGAACCGGCUGACAGCAUUAAUUUUACAAAUAAAAUAUUACAAAAUGAUGGCUCUAGUUCUAAAGAAACAGAAGAAAAUAAAACAAGAAAUAAUAGAUAUGAGACUGCAUGCAAUAAACUAGCUAAUGAGGCAGUGUUACGGUUCAGUGGAGAUAAUGUGACAGUGUUAUUAUUAGCAAUAAGGAAAUGUAGAUGAUACUCUGACAGUCAUACCUGUUGCUGAAAUGUUAUGGUAAUCACCUGCAUUAUACACCAACAGUUAUUCCAGGAGAUUGCCAUCACUUGAUUAAGUGUUUAUUAUAUUCUAUAAACAUACAUGGUUAUUAUGGUAACUUUUAAUUAAGUUAUCUUUUGUACAGAAAAGUGUACUAAUGUAGCAAUAAGUGGGUAUGAAGUGUAUAAUAACAUGUAGUUGUAUCCUAGUUUGGAGACCUUUCUAUUGAAAAUGUGUCGGAGUUAAAUCGUAUACCCAUAAAUUGUAUCAUAGUUUGGAGACAUUUCUAUUGACAAUGUGUCAGAGGUUAAUUGUAUACCCAUACAUGCUCAGUGUGGUAACUGGAGUGCAGGUAUUAGUUACUUGCACUCCAUUUACCGCGCUUCCCUCGAGGAUAAACAUAGAGCAUGCUCGAUGAUAGGCUACAUUUUUUCCUGGGGUUUACUUUUUGUGACAAUAGGGAAAGUGAUAAUGAUAAAAAAUUAUAUUCAGAUGCUCA